AUGGCCUGCACCGUGCCCUCCUCUUACACGGGUGAGUCUGUGCGCGGCACCAUUUACCGUCUCUACGGCCAGCGCCCUAAUGUGGCUCUCAGCAUUCUGCAUGCCACCGUGCCACCAGUGACGGCAAGUCUCCUCCAGCAGCGCGCGGACGUUUUCGACGCCAUUCUCGACUGCAUCCACGACGAGCUGUACACCAGCAGCUCAGCAAUUGACACAGAUGUGGCGACGUGCUCUUCCGUGAUAACUGACCACUGGUUGCUGAGCGUGCCCGAGUCGCUGCGGUGUGAUGAGAAGGCGGUGGUGAACUACCUUGGAAUGCUCGUGGCAAUCGACUUCUGCCAUUGGGCAGAGGUGCCGUGCAACGGUCGCAGAUGCACCACUGCCCGCGUAGGAGAGGAGGUGACAGGGUUCGGGGGGUUUUACGCCGCCGUUGAGCCGCCAAGUGGGGAUUCGGGGUUGAUGAACAGGGGCACGACCGCCACUGCUGCGGUCGCAGAGCUUUUCACCGAGCCGUCGAACACAGCCCCAACGGAACUCGGCGCACCUCCAACGGUCGUCACUGCCACUGCGACGCUGUUACGUGGAUCUGCAGCCAUGAUGUACCUCCUCCGCCGUGCUGUGGAGGUGCACCACCUUCCGUGGUUUCAUCCAGACUUUCUCCAGUGCUUUCGGGGAGACACGGCGGCCGCAAUGAGUGCGCUGAGUGUGUGCUUCAUCGGGUGCAGAGAGGACGGCGUUACCCCGCUGUGGAUGCCGUGCACCCGCGAGCGCGUCGAGCUGCUGCUGUCCCUUGCCGACGCAUUUGUCUCACGUCGAACGUCUUACUACGCACUUCUUCGCGAAUGUGAUGGCUUUAUUUUCGCGCCUGACGCAGCAGCGGCCGCCAAGGCAUCUUGUGGAUUUGUUCCCGCACUCGUGCGCUUUCACCCGCGCUACUGUGACUUUGUGCGUGUGCCUGUUGAAGGCCCUGGCUGCCUUAGCGUAAAUGCCGGCGAGGCCGCCUCAAGGGUGCGGAUUCUGCCGGUGUUGAAGCUCAGUCAGCUGACCGCGUUGGCGAUAGAGCAAGCGCUGACGGCGUUGUGGCGGUACCAGGCUGCCAACAGCCCUUCUUCAACAUCGCGUAUAUCUACCGCUCCACCUUCCGCCCCCGCGGACUCGUGGCUAGCAGAUCGAGCCGCUUGCGUGGCGCAUGCCGGUUUAGAGUCCAGCACGACGGGGUUGCACUCGUCCCUCUCGGGUGUUUUCGUUGAUAGCGCAAAGCUCAGCAUCUGCUGCGAUUAUCAAAUUCCCAAGGCGCUGCGCGCAGCAGGGCUGCUCCUGUACGACGACCACCUCGCUUGCCUUGUGGACCGGCACGUCCUUCUAUUGCCGGGCUCGGUAGAGGAGGUGUCAAUCCGCGUGGCAACCUUGAUCGCCGCGGAGCGUCUCUUGGAGUUUCUCAACACCCCAGAGCAGAAGCAGGCGUUGCUUGCAAGGGGCGCUGGCGCGGCGGCAGCAGAGGUGCCAGGGGCCGCGGUGCAGCUUCCAGAGAAGAAGUCCUGCAACGUGAUGCAUCUCGACUACGCCUUGUGGUACGUGGGGCGCUAUAUGCUUCCGAGAAAGGCGCGCCAUCAUCUUUGCCGCACCAUCAUGUACUGA